AUGAAUUACUGUAUCCAUGCUUCCUCUAGAACACCUUCUCAUGGACAAGAAGGCUUGACUCCUCGUGGAGGACUAACUCCUAAACCUGUGGUUGGUACAACUCCUGGUAGAACUCCACUGCGUGAUAAAUUGAACAUCAACCCGGAGGAGGGAAUGGCAGAUUACAGUGACCCAUCUUAUGCAAAACAAAUGGAGAGAGAGUCCCGCGAACACCUCCGCCUUGGACUCAUGGCCCUUCCUGCUCCAAAGAAUGACUUUGAGAUUGUUUUGCCUGAAAAUGCAGAAAAAGAACUUGAGGAACAUGAAGUGGAUGAAGCCUUUGUAGAAGACACUGCUGAUAUCGAUGCCCGCAAACAGGCUCUCCGAGAAGCAGAACGUGCAAAGGAACUGAAGAGAAUGCACAAAGCUGUUCAGAAGAAUCUACCACGGCCCUCAGAAGUUAAUGAAACAAUACUGAGACCCUUAAAUGUGGAACCACCUCUAACAGACUUGCAGAAAAGUGAAGAGCUGAUAAAGAAAGAGAUGAUUACUAUGCUUCAUUUUGAUCUUUUACACUACCCAUUUGGAGAGCAGCUUAGUGGUAAGAAGGGGAAAGGCCCAGGAUUUGGAAGCAACAAUGCAGAGCAUAUGGCUUACUUGGAACAAAAUCCUUAUGAGAAGUUCUCCAAAGAAGAUCUCAAGAAGGCCCAAGAUCUACUGGCACAAGAGAUGGAAGUGGUAAAGCAAGGAAUGGGGCAUGGAGAGCUCUCGAGUGAAGCUUAUAACCAGGUGUGGGAAGAAUGUUACAGCCAAGUCUUAUACCUGCCUGGACAGAACCGCUACACAAGAGCUAACUUGGCCAGCAAAAAAGACAGAAUAGAGUCACUUGAAAAGAGGCUUGAG